AAAGUCUUGAAGAAUAACUCAUUGAUCAAUCUCCAACAAGGCAUAGAGUUGGUCGUGCCAACCCUGCAAAGAAGUUAUUUGGGGAAAACGUGCACGUUAUUCGUUCAACGUCAAUUUCUUGCUUUAACUUGGACGAACAAACAGGGCAGCUGCAAUGUGGAUUCAAGUGCGCACAAUGGAUGGAAAGGAAACCCAUCGGGUGGAUUCCCUGUCCAAACUCACCAAGGUGGAUGAGCUUCGUCUUAAAAUCGCGGAACUCUUCAAGGUGGAGCCAGAGAGGCAAAGGCUCUUCUACCGUGGCAAGCAGAUGGAGGAUGGCCAUACCAUAUUUGACUAUAACGUGGGCCUAAACGACAUAGUGCAGCUGCUCGUCAGGCAGAAGAUGUCCCCUGUUAAUGUCGUCAAAAGCAAGGACAAAGAAGCUGAGCUCUCAGACUCUGAUUCUGGCUGUGGUUCGACCCAAAGCGAUUCUGACAAGAGCUCAACUCAUGGCGAGGUAGAGGGUCAGACUGCUGGCACCUCUGCCCAGACAAACGUACCAGAACUCAUUGAUCCUGGAUUUGGAUUUUACAAGAUUAAUGAGCUGGUGGACGCAAGAGAUUUAAACAUGGGAGCCUGGUUUGAGGCCCAGAUCGUCAACGUCACCAAGACCCCGAAGACACCCAAAGAAGAGGCUGCUGAGGCCCAGCCAGCAGAGGAGGAGAUACUGUACCAUGUUAAAUAUGAAGACUACCCAGAGAACGGAGUGAUUCAGCUGCUGGCCAAGGAUGUUCGUCCUCGAGCCCGUACUGUAUACCAGUGGCACCAACUGGAACCGGGAAUGAUCGUAAUGCUUAACUACAACCCAGAUGAGCCCAAGGAUCGCGGCUACUGGUACGACGCUGAGAUACAGAGGAAGCGGGAGACGCGUACCCUGCGAGAGAUCUAUGCCAAGAUUAUCCUUGGUGACGCUGGCGACUCUCUUAAUGACUGCCGGAUCAUGUUCCUGACUGAAAUUUACAAAAUUGAGGAGCCUGGUUCUCCGGCCGAUGCCUCAGCUGGAUCAGAAAGUCCACUAAAAAGGUCAAAUGGACCUGAGUGCAAGCACUGCAUGGAUGAUCCCAAUAAAAAGUGUCACUGGUGCAACUGCAAAGUCUGUGGCAUCAAGCAGGACCCUGACAAACAGCUGCUGUGUGAUGAAUGUGACAUGGCUUAUCACACCUACUGCCUGAAUCCUCCCCUCACCUCCAUCCCCGAAGACGAGGACUGGUAUUGCCCAGGCUGCCGUAAUGACACCAGUGAGGUUGUGCGUGCUGGAGAGAAGCUGAAGGAGAGCAAGAAGAAAGCUAAGAUGGCUUCAGCCAGUUCCUCCAGCCAGAGGGACUGGGGAAAAGGAAUGGCUUGUGUUGGUCGAACCAAGCAGUGCACAAUUGUCCCAUCCAACCACUAUGGCCCAAUCCCUGGCGUCCCUGUCGGCUCCCUGUGGAAGUUCAGAGUGCAGGUCAGUGAAUCUGGUGUCCACAGGCCUCAUGUGGCUGGAAUUCAUGGCAGGAGCAAUGAUGGUGCCUACUCUCUGGUCCUGGCAGGAGGCUAUGAGGAUGAUGUGGAUGAUGGUAAUGAGUUCACUUACACUGGUUCUGGAGGGCGAGAUCUAUCUGGAAACAAGAGGACUGCUGAGCAAUCUUGUGAUCAGACACUUACCCACAUGAAUCGGGCGCUGGCUCUCAACUGCAACGUCCCUGUCAACGACAAAAACGGAGCAGAGUCCAAGAACUGGAAGGAAGGCAAAUCAGUGAGAGUUGUGCGCAGCUGCAAAGGACGCAAACACAGUAAAUACUGCCCUGAAGAAGGAAACCGAUAUGAUGGGAUAUAUAAGGUGGUGAAGUACUGGCCAGACAAAGGAAAGUCUGGCUUCUUGGUGUGGCGGUAUCUGCUGAAGCGUGAUGACGAUGAGCCGGCACCAUGGACCAAAGAUGGCAAAGAACGCAUCAAGAAGCUUGGUCUCACCAUGCAGUAUCCUGCUGGUUAUCAGAAAGAGAAAGAGAACAAAAAUGAAGUGGAGGAGGAAGCAACCCCAGCCAAAGCAAAAAGGAAGCGAAAAUCUCAGGGCAGCGAAUCCUCCAAGACCUCACCAGCCAAGUCCGCUAAGAAAAUCAAGGUGGAGGUGUACAAGCUUUCCCAGGAGCAGAAAUCCCUCAUCAAGAAUGACAAGCCAAACAAGAAGCUGUAUGAAGCCAUGGACUCACUGUCACUUGGACCAAAAUUCCUGAGCAAAGUUGAAGAAAUUUUCCUCUGCAUUUGCUGCCAAGAAGUGGUGUAUCAGCCCAUCACCACAGAGUGCCAACACAAUGUCUGCAGGGAAUGCCUCCAGCGGUCCUUCAAAGCAGAGGUGUACACCUGCCCGGCCUGCAGACACGACCUGGAAAACUACGCCAUGUCUGUCAACAAAUCUCUGCAAGCCAUUCUAAAUCAGUUUUUCCCAGGGUACAGCAACGGGCGAUGAUCAUUGGUUCUGCCUACUCAGCCCUCGAGGAAAUACGAUGUAAACUGUAAGGGGCAUUUUCAGCAGAGGCAAUAAAGAAUCAGUUUCUCUUAAUAUAUUUUCUAUGAUUAUAAAACUACAAUAUUUGUGGACUUCAAUACUACCAUUGUCACCUUGGAUCGGCCAUGCUGUGGUGCUAAUGAGAUAUUGAAGAUUCCUUUUGUAACUGGCUGUACUCCAUUAAUACCUUCAAUUUUUUUUACUCCCAUGGUUUCGUUAUGUUUCAUUAACUAAUGCUAAUGUUAUCCAUAUUGUAAAACUGUCACUUUUAACUAAGUCACUAUGUGUUUAGCACUUGUUAAGAGAAUGUUCAACCGUUUUCCCUACUUGUCUGGAAAUGCUUUUGUUAGUGUUGCCGUUAGGUUGGCUGUGGUUGGUUAUCAUUAUGGUGCUUUUGUUUUAGUUUUCAAAAAGCCGAUCAUGCAGUUGAAACUUUUAAUUGAUUUUGUGUGUUAUGACAGAUGAACAGAGAGGCUUUCAGAACUAACAGCUUCUCCAAAAACAUACAAGCACAAACUGAUUUUUUUUGUUUUGUUUUGUUUCCCUGCACAUGAACAGAGACUGUGUCUUGUCGUGAAACCGUGUCAUAAAACGUUAGAUUUUCUAACUUGUUUACUGGUUCCUUAAAAAUAUUUUCAUACAGGAAAUUUUAUAGCUGUUCGUGAAGUCUCUGAAAGUCUGCUUAAAAGUUGCUAUUAAUUGGACAAAACCUUGAAAAUCUAACACAAUAGAUUGGGAUUUCCCUCAUUUUGAAAUUUGCUUUGAUAAAGUCCAAAGAAACGACUUCUUAACCAAGAAUGUAAUGUAGACCUCCCAUCUAGCUCUCUAGAUGUUGUCCCUGACACUCAAACCUAACAGAGUCUAGAAACUUAAAUUGUAUUUGUGACAAAGUUAAAAUGUGUACUGUCUCAUCUUUUAACCUAUUACUGCCAUCUGUGUGUGUGGGGGUGUUCAGUCAGUCUUUUGUCUCCAAUGGUCGCUUGUGAUACCUGACCUCAUUUAAAAACAAGAAAUGCUCGCAUUUAAUUCAACAACCUGCUCUUGAAGCAUGAUGGCAAUUUGACUAAACAGAAUUUAUUUAGUACUUUUGCCGUUGCCUUUCUAUAAAUGAUGUUUAUAGUUGAAUUUCAAAGAGCAGCAUGAGUUUGUCAAUAUGCCAGCAGUUCAUGUUUUGAUGGAGAGACAAAUAUUUGCAUAGACUGGGAAAUGUAUAUUUUCUGAAAUUGUAUAAUUUGUAGUUCAUUUUAGUUUUGAUAUGUAGUUUUAGAAUUGCUUGCACAAGUUUGGUGCAAAAUUUUGUCAAUACAUUUUCAGUGUUAUUCAAUAAAAAAAACUGAAAAUUGA